AUGUUAGGAAUUUGUGCAGCAUGGAAAGGGGAUCUACAAGCAACUGUUGCGGAAAUGGUAUAUGGCGAAGCCUUGCGAUUGCCUGGACCAAUGCUACACGUAACACCGACGAGUUAUUACGGCGAAAGGAACUUUAUGAAUGACCUGCGUAACCACAUGCAAAAGAUAUGCCCCACCAAUGGAACGCGACAUGGCCAGAAGAUAACAGCGUUUUCAUUCGAUGGCCCAAAGAGACUUCUGCAGAAUCCAUAUGAGGGUCCUUUUGAGGUGAAACCCAGAUCUGCAGAGACUUUUGUGGUGUGUAUGCAUGGCAAAAAUGUCACCAUAUCUAUCGACCGUAUGAAACCAGCAUGCACACUAGCGCCAGAAGAAAAUGCUGAAUCCGUUCCGUCGCAGUCUAAUGAGAUUCCGCAAACAAUCCGGCUGGAAUCUGAUAACAACAGCAGAUCUCAGCCGUUGAGCCCGACAGAGCCUGAGCCAAUUGCACAACCAAACUCUUCAACGAGACGAGGACGCCGAGUUCGGUUUCCGGAUUUUUCGCAGGCCGGAUUUUUGUGA